AUGUCGGAUGUUAAACCUUUUACGAUUUUUUUUAGUGGUGGCUCUAACGGAGUCGAUUUAGAAGCAGAACGCUUCGCCAGAGACUUUGGUUUACCUGUACAGAUAUUCAUUCUACCUUGUCAUCCAAGAAGUAAAUACCUGUCUCCAUUAACUCAUUCACAGUUGGGAGAAGCCAUUCCGAUCACGAACCAAGUGUCAAAUCGCCUCAACAAACCUUUAUCCAAUCCCGUCAGCUUACUAUACAUUCACCGGAAUUAUCAUUUGGUGAAACAAGCCGAAAUGGUACUGGCUUUUACAAGCUUUCAACCUGAAAGUAACGUAGUCGUUGGAGGUACCAGUUGGGCAGUGGAAAUGGCUAAACUUCUUAACAAAAUCCUCUACGUGUACGAUGUGGAGCGUAACACUUGGUUCUGGUACAGACACGAUCAAGAUCUAUUCUACGCCUGUGAUCAGAUGUCUGAAGAACAGUUUGCUUUACCCACCUUUCUACCCAAAACAGCCAUUGUGGGGAUCAGAAACAUUUACGAUUUUCCAGACGCUUUAUUAGAACUUCAAGAUACUUUUAAACGUAGUCUCAACAUUUCUGUAUAA